AUGGAUGGAAUAACUUUGACCCAGAAGCGAUAUGCUCUGAAGAUUUUGGAGGAAGCUGGAAUGGAAAGCUGCAAUUCCACUCAGACACCAAUGGAGGUCGGACUACAAUUGUCAAAAGCUGAAGGCGAGAAGGAAAUAGAUGCUAAUAGUCCAAGAGAAUCUCAUGGAGCUGCUAUGAAACAUUGUUUGAGGUAUCUGCGAGGAACCACUACCCUUGGUCUGGUGUUCGAGUACUCUGCCUCAAAUAUACCAAGGUUAAUAGGUUAUAGUGACAGUAGUCAUAAUGUUGACCUAGAUGAUGGCAAAAGCACAACUGGUAUGUAUUCUAUCUUGGUGAAAGUCCAGUCUCCUGGUGUUCGCAGAAGCAAGACAAUGUGGCAUUGUCAUUUUGUGAAGCUGAGUUUAUGGAGGAUACUGAAGCAGCAAGGCAGAAUCCAGUCUUUCAUGGCAGAAGUAAACAUAUUCAUAGAAGAUAUCACUUCAUUAGAGAAUGUGUUGAAAAUGAACAAGUUGAAGUGCAACAUGUUCCCGGAGACUGAGCAAAGAGCAGACAUCUUGAUAAAGGCCCUUGGAAAGAUCAAGUUCAAAGAGAAGAGAGAUCUCAUUGGUGUUCAAGACUUAGAAUUUGAUGACUUCAAGUUUAAGGAGGAGAGAGUUGACUAA